AUGGAUCAAGUUGAAACUCAGUUGACCUUAAUGGAUGUGAAAAAGGAUCACCUGAAGAUCAUCCUAGCAACUUACAAGUUUGCUAAGGAUGCCAAACUUUGGUGGAAGACGGUUACGAAUCGGCAUAAGGUGGAAGAGAUGAUCUGGGACAAGUUCAAGGAACUAUUCUAUGAAAAGUAUUUUUUGAUUUCUAAAAGAUGGGAGCUAAAAGACCAGUUUCUUGGCCUUAUCCAAGGUAACAUGUCAGUGGCAGAGUAUGAGAACAAAUUCACUUCACUUUCUCGCUUUCCUUUGGAAAUGGUGAGAUAUGAAGUUGACAAGACUCGAAAGUUUGUUUCCGGUCUUAAUGGCCGAAUGAGGCCGUUUAUAAUGGCACAGUUUAGCAAAGUUUAUUCUGAAGCAGUGGAAAGGGCUUUGAUGCUUGAGGUUGAUAUCAAAGAUAAAAAUGCAAGGAGGGAACAGUGGAAACAAAAGAGGGGUGCAGGCCAUCUUCGGAAGGAUCUUCUUGGAAGAGGAACAUGGGUGGUUCAUCUCAGUUUCAGGGGCAGCAGUCUACACAAUUUGCUCCUACCACUCCUAUGCCAGUUGGAUCUGAUAAGAGUGGAUGGCCUCACUGGGCCUUAUAUCUAA